UAUCCGUAUGUUGCUCGUCCAACGCUUUCGAGAUCCUUCAAUCUUGACCGGUAUGACUGGUGUGAGCCUGUUCUUUUCUUUUUAUGUUUUUUAUUGUUUCACGGUUUGCAUUGGACAUCUCUUUUAAGUCGAGUUGACAUUGUUGACUUUUCGCGCUCUUCUCUUCCGCGCUACAUGCCGCCUCUUUAAUUCGAAGGGCGAUCGCCAAAUUUUAGCUCUAGGAUUUCCCCUGAAUUCCGAGCUUAAGUCCGAAUUCAUAUCACCACAGCAUGCCCGAUAAGACAGCGGCGGCCGUGACUUCAGCCGUCGGCUUGGGCGCUGUCACGGUACUCACCAUUCCAGCCGUAUUAAGCCUGGGUAGACUGCGUAGCCACGGUCCUAAAUUUACGACUGAAGUUUAUGAAGAUAAAGAUGGGAAAAGUACGCCAGAUGCUAUUGAGAAAUUCAGCAAUAAGGGCCCCAAAGCCGCUAUUGUCAUAUUCUCCCUAGUUGGCCUCGGCGUAUCGAUUGCGCUUGCUGUGUCCUCGACGUUGGGCACGCGAGAGGGAAUUGAAGGUGGUUUGUUCCUCGAAGAUUGGUUGGCUGUUCCAUUCUGGGUUCUUUUAACUUUACAGGCUACUUGUAUUGCGUCCAGUCGGAACUCGGUAACUGCUUAUGAUUUAGGUGUUUGGUCAUUCCUCUCGUCCAUCAUCCUUGCUGCAGUUCUCGCAGUCCAGGAUGACGACGUGGCCGUAUUUCUACUGAAGCAUUCUGCUGGAAUAUUUUCCUUGCGCCUAAUAGAAAUCAUCGCCGCCAUCUGCCUUGCUGUUGCUAGCCUGUCACUUCCUCGGCGCCCUGAUGUAUUCCACGAUGGCCAGCUUGUGGAUAGGCUGUAUACGGAAUCAGCAUGGAGCCGGUUCAACUGGAGCUGGCCGGCUUACUUACUUCGCACGGCCGCGAAGAAGGGCAACCUCGAUCUAGAAGACCUCCCCAGGCCUGAUCAUUACACAAGGUCCAAGGAAACAGCCGCUGAUUGGGAAAGUCGCGGUUUCACCGGUCCGCUUUGGAUUUCUAUCGUGUUCGCUCACAAGUGGCUUUUCGCACUCCAAUGGAUGUUAAGUGUUACCACUGCCUUCCUCAACUUGGCGCCUCAAUGGGUUGUUUUACAACUGCUCAAUAUGCUAGAGCGCCGACAAAAUCGCGAGAAACUAGGCUACGAAGCCUGGGUUUGGGUCGUUCUGAUGGCUGUAGCUGUUCUUGUCCGAUCAUGGGUCGAAGCCUACAACUACUGGCUCUCAUGGGCGCAGAUUGCCGUACCAAUCCGAGCUCAACUAUCGGCACUGAUUUUCCAGAAAUCGAUGAGACGUAAAGAUAUCAAGGAAGCCAAUAAGAAGAAAUCGGCCACGGAAUCGUCCGAGCCGAACAUUGCUGGUCCAAUCGGUGAAGUGUCUACAGAAGAUAGGCCGGAUAUCGAAGAUUUCGAGGAAGAUGAUGAGCAGAUCCGGAAGAGCAAGCAAAGCACCGUCAAUUUGAUAGGUGUUGAUGCUAAGCGGGUGUCGGAUUUUGCCGCCUUCAACGAUAUCUUCCCCGAAAGUCUGUUCAAGCUGAUCGUGUCGCUAGUCUUUCUCAUAGAACUCCUCGGAUGGAAGGCUCUUCUCGCAGGUUUCUCGACGAUGCUUGCCGUCCUUCCUUUGAAUAUUUAUUUCUCAAAGAAGUACUCCGAUGCUCAGGACCGCUUGAUGAAAGUUCGUGACGAGAAGAUGGAAGUCGUUUCGGAGGCUCUUCAGGGAAUCCGCCAAAUUAAAUUCUCCGCCCUCGAGCCUCAAUGGGAGAAGAAGAUCGGCGAUGUCCGAGAACGGGAAUUGAACUGUAUAUGGAGCGCUUUCAUCAAUGAUGUCAUCCUCAUCGGGUGCUGGAUUACGAGCCCUGUCAUGCUUGCUGCCGUAUCCCUCGCCGUGUACGCAGCGCUGCACGGAAAUCUAUCUCCUUCAGUUGCCUUCGUUAGUCUCGGCGUAUUUAAGGCACUUGAAGAUACCUUGUCUAUUAUUCCUGAGUUAGUAACUGAUCUCGUCGAUGCUUGGGUUUCUGUGAAGCGACUGGAUACCUAUUUGAACGGUGCAGAGAUCUCAAAGAUAACUAAAGAAGCUGACGAGGUUUCAUUGGACAAUGCAUCUAUCGCCUGGCCUUCAGAUAACCAAGAUGAGGAAAAUCCUGACCGAUUCGUCUUACGCAAUGUCAACGUCACCUUCCCUAAGGGCGAACUAUCCAUCAUAUCAGGAAAAACUGGGAGUGGGAAGAGUUUGAUGCUGGCAGCCGUCUUGGGCGAGGUCGAUAUUCUUUCUGGGUCUAUCAGCGUGCCCCGGGCGCCAUCCCAGCGCCACGACCAGAAAGCUAACAAAGAUAAUUGGAUAAUCCCCGGUGCUAUUGCAUUUGUUGCGCAGAUACCAUGGAUCGAGAACGCGACGGUCAAAGAUAACAUCCUAUUUGGCCUGCCAUACGAUGCGCACCGAUACAACACAACGGUCGAUGUCUGCGCCCUAACAAAGGACAUGGAGAUGUUUAGCGACGGGGAGAAUACAGAGAUCGGUGCCAAUGGUAUUAACCUAAGCGGCGGACAGAAAUGGCGAAUCACUCUGGCUCGCGCUAUCUACUCUCGCGCAGGAAUACUAGUUCUCGACGACAUCUUUAGCGCGGUUGAUGCCCAUGUUGGCCGCCACAUCUUCGAAAAGUGCUUAACUGGCGAGCUUUGUGUCGGGCGAACGAGAAUUCUUGUCACCCACCACGUUGCCUUGUGUGAACCGAAAACAAAAUACGUUGUCGAACUAGGAGAUGGCCGUGUGUUGAACGCAGGCUUUGUCUCGGAAUUGGAAGAGACCGGAACUUUGCAACAGAUUAAGAGCCAUGAGCAGACUAACCAAGAGAUCCGAGACGAUGAAGCAUCAACAGCUAUAAACUCCGAAGAUACGUCCCAGGCUGGCAUUGAACCUGAUGAAGAGCCACUAGCCAAGGUUCCUUCGACGGCACAUGCACGUAAAUUUGUUGAGGAAGAAGCUCGCGAGAAGGGUGCUGUCAAGGGAAAAGUCUACGCAGCAUAUCUAAAAUACACUGGCUCAUGGUGGUUUUGGUCUACCAUCCUAUUUCUGUUCCUAUUCGUGCAGGUACUAACAGUUGGACGUUCGUGGUGGCUAAAAGUCUGGACAGGAUCAUAUGACGAACAUGAGCAGAAUAUCAAUGCCCAAUCAGAGAAGCAAGCAUACGCAUACCAGUUUACCCUACCGCAGUUUACGACGAACAGCAUGGCCCAGCCAAUGGUUAAACCAGGCAACGAAAGCCUAGGGUUUUACCUCGGUAUAUACAUCUUCCUCUCGGUUUUCACAUCCAUAGUCUCCACGUUCCGAUACUACUAUGUAUUCUACGGUUCGAUUCGUGCUUCCAGACAGUUAUUCGCCAAACUCAACUUUAUUGUACUCCGAGCUCCACUCCGAUGGUUAGAUACUGUCCCUUUGGGUAGAAUCCUGAACCGAUUUACCGCUGAUUUCCACUCCGUGGACACACAUAUGGCGUAUUCCAUGGCAUUUGCGGGAAGCGCGUUUCUCAACCUCAUCGGUGUCGUCGUUGCUGGACUGUUUGUCUCGCCUCUAAUUAUCGUCAUGUCAUUCAUCUUGCUCGUAAUCUGCGCCUUCUACGCAAUCCGCUACAUUCAAGGGGCUAGACCGGUGAAGCGACUUGAGUCAGUCACCAAGUCUCCCGUGUUCGAGCAAUUUGGAUCGGCUUUGACCGGUGUCCAGACGAUCAGGUCAUUCGACAAGUCUCAGACUUACAUCGAGCGCAUGUAUAAAAGAUUGGACGACUGGACUGUAGCAAGUUGGCAUCUCUGGUUGUUCAUUCGUUGGAUGGGGUGGAGAAUGUCGGUGGUUGGAAGUUUCUUCGCUUCAUUCGUUGCCAUCCUUAUCAUUGUGGCUCCCGAGAUCGACGCGUCCCUCGCCGGCUUUGGAUUAGCAUUCGCGCUGGAGUUUUCGGGCCACGUCAUGUGGACUAUCCGGCAUUACGCCAACGUCGAGCUUGAGAUGAAUGCAGCAGAGCGAAUCGUCGAAUACACGGAACUCCCAACGGAAAGCCUGGAGGGCAAGAGUGCGCCAGCAGCGUGGCCAACAGAAGGACGCGUUGAAGUAAACGACCUUGUAGUUAGUUAUGCAGAGGAUCUGCCCCCUGUGCUCAAAGGUCUUAACUUCACUAUCGAGAGAAACGAGCGUGUCGGUGUGGUAGGACGUACAGGCGCAGGAAAAUCGUCUCUAACGCUUGCCUUCUUCCGUUUCCUCGAGGCUCGGUCCGGAAGCAUCCACAUUGAUGGGCUUGAUAUUUCCAAGAUAAAGCUACACGAUUUGCGAAGCCGCCUAGCUAUCAUCCCACAGGACCCGGUCCUAUUCAGUGGUACCGUGCGCUCGAAUCUCGACCCCUUCGACAACCACACAGAUGCAGAGCUCUUCGACUCGUUAGCUCGCGUACAUCUUAUUUCUGAGGAGGAAAAUGAGAACGUAAAUGGCAACGGACCGUCACGAAACAUAUCUGGAACAUCCACCCCAUCCUCUAGUCGGAAGAAGAAUACUAACAUCUUCCGCAACCUGCUCUCACCCAUCUCAGAGGGCGGUCUCAAUCUAUCGCAAGGACAGCGGCAGCUACUGUGCUUGGCGAGGGCGAUCGUGUCCCGUCCCAAGGUUAUGGUGCUAGACGAGGCGACCAGCGCCGUGGACAUGACGACAGAUGCGUUAAUCCAACGCAGCAUACGUGAAGAGUUCGGCGACAGCACCCUAGUUGUCAUUGCUCACCGACUGAGUACCAUAGCGGACUUCGACCGUAUCCUAGUCUUAAGUGAUGGAAAGGUAGCUGAGUACGGGACACCGAAGGAGUUGUGGGAGCUGCAGAGCAGCGAGGACGGUGGGCUGGGGAUGUUCCGAGCCAUGUGCGAACAGAGCGGAGAAAAAGAGCAUCUGAGGCAGAUUGUUUAUGGGGAAGUUUGAGUAAGGCAGAAGAGACUUGGGAAUUAGACAGGAGAUACAAAAGGGCAUAAAGAUAUCUAUGAAUUGAUGGGUAUGGUUAUAUGACAGGUUAAGAAAAGGUAGAGAAGGUCGGGAGUAAAUUAGAUGGUUUUCUACAUGUUAAGGAGGGUUAUGAUGAAUGUAGACGCGGUGAGAGCCAUGUUACACGUCUAUUCUACACGGAUAGGAUGGAUGUGCGUGAUAUGGUGAGAGAUAAUAUUGAUUUGUAGAAGGCGAAUCAGUUUUCACUUACCUGUGUGUCGCAGGUCUUCGUGGGAGAUUCUUUUACGGAUAAGCUCACAUCAUGGUCAAUCAAAGUACAGUCAUAGUAUUCACGCAGUAAGACCAUUUCCAUUUACAGAAGCAAGUGUAUUUCCAGCGGAUUAUG